GAUCAUGUGAUGUAAUGGUGGCAUUUUUCAAAAGUGGGUGUGGUUUAACUGGAUCAUGUGAUGUAAUGGUGGCAUUUUCCUGAAGUGGGUGUGGUUUAACGGAAAUUCAGAUGACAAGCCCUUUAUGAAAAUUCAGAUGUGGAAGGAGCUUCUGCUCUUGAAGACAGUUCAGAGGAGAAACAUCAACAUAUCGUCAUUAUUAAAGAGUGUCCAUCAACAGACACACUUAUCAGUCAUGUGAAAUAGUUGAAUCUGUAAGUUUCAUCAAACUCCUCGGAGAGAGCCGGGCUCAAGUAACAAUGACCUGACUGCGUUCAGUUCGGCUAAAUGAAGUGGGACGGGGUGAUGUAUCACAGGAAUUAUCAGAUCCACAUGGGUUUUCUUGCCCUGCAGAAGUGAAUCAUUGAAGGACUAUGGCAUCUGUUAAAGAGCAGCUUGUGAACUCACUGAAGGAUCUAGUCAAAGAUGACCUGAAGGAGUUUCAGUGGCACCUGAAGAAUCAUGAGUGUGUUUCAACUUCUGAAAUGGAGAACACCGAUGUCUUAGACACAGUGGACAAAAUGGUGGCAAUUUUUGGGCAAGAAGAAGCUGUGAAGAUCACAGUGAACAUCCUUGGGAAGAUGAACCAAAACCUUCUGGCUGAACAGUUAGAGAAGAAACACAAUGAAGUUCAGACUAAGGGCAUUAUGAAUGCUUCUGCCACUGUUGGAGCUGCUUCAAAACAGAUCUGGGUCUCAACUGUAGAGGACAGUACUGCUGAUCUUUAUUAUUACAGAAAGCUCAGCCUCAGACUGAAGAACAAAUUACGAGAGGAAUACAAACGGAUAUUGGUUGGUAAUUCUCAGACAGGUCAUCGGCAGUACCUGAAUGAUAUUUACACUGAUCUAUAUGUGGUGGAGAAUGAGACUGGAGGAAUAAUGAUUGACCAUGAGGUGAGACAGAUCGAACUAAACAUCAGCCGAUCUACUGCGGAGGACUCAGCGAUCCAGUGCAAUCACUUAUUCAAAGAACAUAUGGCUCAACAAAACAGAAAAGUGCUGACGAUGGGAAUCGCAGGGGUGGGAAAAACAAUCUCUGUCAAUAAAUUCAUUCUUGACUGGGCUGAAGGAAAUGAAAAUCAGAAUAUACUCUUCGUAUUUCCUCUGCCAUUUCGUAAAUUGAAUAUGAUUAAAAAGAACUGCAGUCUCAUCGAUCUGCUUCAAGAAUGCUUCUUUAGUGGUCCCGAAGAACUUCCCUCUCUUCCUGAAGGCGACUGUGAGGUCUUGUUCAUAUUUGAUGGGCUGGAUGAAUGUCAUUUCCCUUUGAGAUUCAAUGAAAGUGAUGCAUUCACAGAUGUGCAUGUAAAAACAACAGUGAGUAAAAUAGUUACAAACCUGGUCAAGACACAUCUGUUACCCUCUGCUCUCAUCUGGAUCACAUCCAGACCAGCAGCAGCCGGUCUGAUACCCCGAGACUACAUUGAUCAGGUGACAGAGGUGCGAGGAUUCAAUGAUGAGCAAAAAGAGCAAUACUUCAUCAAAAACAGUCCUGGGGUUGCUGAAAACAUCAUCUGUCACAUCAGGAAAUCCAGGAGCCUGUGUAUUAUGUGCCACAUCCCCGUCUUCUGCUGGAUCUGUCUCACUGUUCUUCAACCUCUACUGACACAAGAGGGCAAUGACAAAAUACCAACAACUCUCACUGCGAUGUACACAAACUUCUUACUAUCGCAGAAGCAAAAGAUGAAAAAAUACUGUGAUGAUGCUGAACUUGAUCCUACAGCCAAGUCUUUUGAUCAGGUUGUUCUGAAACUUGGUAAACUGGCCUUUAAACAGCUACAGAAAGGUAAUCUGAUUUUCUACAAAGAAGAUAUCGAGGAGUGUGGACUAGAUGUCAGUGAAGGGUCAGUGUUCUCUGGGUUAUGCACUCAGAUCUUUCAGAAAGAAAGGGCUUUUUCAAUAAGAAAUGUUUACAGCUUCGUACAUCUCAGUGUUCAGGAGUUCUUAGCUGCUCUCUACGUGUUUUUCAAAUACAAAUGUUUUGGAAGAAGAUUUGUAUUUCUUCAAUCCUGGACAGACAAAGUGAAAUGGGGAUUCUUCAAAAAGUCAUUAUUUGACUUUCAUAAGGCUGCGAUCAACAAGGCUUUGCAGAGCAAGAAUGGACACUUGGACCUUUUCCUCAGGUUCCUGCUGGGUCUCUCACUGGAGUCCAAUCAGAGUGACCUGAAGGAACUGCUGCCCAGACUGAGACUAAAAACCAAGAAUGUCAAAGAUGUUGCUGAUUAUAUCAAAAAGAAAAUAGAGAAGGAAAAAAAGGUAGAGAGAACUAUCAACCUAUUUUUCUGUCUGAGUGAACUGAAGGAAGACUUUACGGAGGACAUCCAGUUUCAUCUGAAAUCGAGAAAUCUUAAAGAAAAUAUCUCCUCUUCUCAAUGGUCGGCUCUGGUGUUUCUGCUCCUGAUUUCAGAAGAAACUCAAGAGAUGUUUGAACUACAGAAAUACAGAAGAUCUGGUGAAGCAUUAAUGAGACUGUUACCAGUGAUCAAAAACACUAGACGAGCACUGUAA